AUUCGUUGCAAGAUUUCUGACCAAUCAAUUGUUUUGGGAUGUGUUUGAAUUAAAGAACGAAACGAUAGUAAAGUCUCAAAAAUGGCUGUGGAGGUUUAUGAUUUGUGUGUCAUUGGUGCUGGAAUGUUCGGAAGCGCGGCUGCAAGGCACGCGUCAGCCAAUCCGAGCAUCAAAGUGUGCUUGGUAGGACCAGCCGAACCAACGCCAGAGGAACUCCAAAAACGUGACAUUUUUGGAGCCCACUACGACGAAGGCCGCAUUACUCGCAUUCUGGAUGAUGCACCUGCUUGCGAAGUCCUGUCACAACACUCCAUAUCCAGAUAUAGGGAGCUGGAGAAACUAUCAGGAAUCAACUUUUAUGAACCUGUCGGCUGUCUCUUCACGGGACCGAGGAACGACAAAUUCAUCCGGGCUUGCAUCGCGAGUAGCGCUGUGUACAAAGUGCCUCUCGUGAAAAUGGAGGGAAACGAAGAGACAUUUAAAAGGAGGUAUCCGUAUCUGAAGCUGGAAAGCGACGAAGUUGCAUUGCUGGACGAUGCGGUCGGAGGUCACAUCAGCCCCAGGAAUUUAGUAGCAGCCCAAAAGAGGGUGGCUCAUCUACAAGGGUGUCACAUUAUUGAGAGUGUCGUCUGCGGUAUGGAAACACAAAGUGAUGGAAUUCAUGUGGUCGAAACAGAGUCGAAAGGGGAAAUAAAAGCUAAACGAUUGUUGAUAGCGACUGGAGGCUUCGUCAACUUGAAGAACAUGAGCGUCCUGAAACCACUAGUAGUGAAACGUCUGAAAGAAACUGUGGUGUUAUUUAAACUUCCAGAAGAUGAGGUGCAAAGAUUAAGCUCCAUGCCAUCUAUGAUAUCCGUGAGAGACAACAAUAACGGAGCGUACAUUUUACCGCCCAUCAAAUAUCCAGAUGGACAGUAUUACCUGAAAUUUGGAAAGUUACGUGCACAAGAAGAUGACGAUGAAUUAAAAACUUUGGAAGAGUUGCGUGAAUGGUAUUUAUCAGAUGGCGACAGUGAGAUAGAAACAUACAUUCAGUUCAUAAUUGAUUUGAUACCAGGCUUGAAUUUCAAUAGUUUGAGUAGGCGCACUUGCGUUACCUGCAACACACCUUCCGGCCUGCCUUAUAUCGACCGAGUGUCGCCCACUGUCACUGUGGCCGUCGCCGGCAACGGAAAGGGAGCCAAAUUUUCAGACGAGGUUGGUAGAAUCGCCGCCCAUUUCAGUCUCACUGGGAAGUGGGACUCAGAACUCUCGCAAGGACUCUUUGAGGCUACUUACCAGUGAUAUUACCAGAAAGAAUCUGGGAAGUUGCUUUGGAAAGAAGAAAAUGAUCAUUUAGAUAAUCCUGAGUGAUUUGGAAUGUUACUUGAUUUUGUAACAAAGAAUGAAAAAAAUCAUCUUUAAAAAAUUGUUCGAGGGGAAAAUAGUAUUUGUAAUCUUUUUUAUUCUGUAUUAAUUAAGAUAUAUACCUGCAAUGGUUUCAUAUAUUUGCCAAGAAAUUUGUAU